CUCACACAGGUGGUUAAUCUGACCACACUGCUCACGAUUCAUGGAUGUCUUCCGUUAGCUCGUGAUUUCGGCGUGUCCCCUCGCCUGAAGAAGCUUGAAGCAAAUGCCCCAGGUGAUGGACAGGGGCGGACAGUAACACGCUCCAGCAUGUCUGCUUCAGAUUCAAAAUCCACUGACUGGCUGGCCAGUGAUGAAGAGGACCAUGAGCCUCAGCGGGAGAGACAGACACAGCAACAGACAGUGCACUCCCCGGACAGUUGCUGCCGCACCGAGAUGGAGGAGAAGAAAGGGGAGACGGACGAGAGCCGUGCAUUCAGCUAUGGAAGAAGCAGCCAUGGCGCUGGCUCGGAGGAGAGGAACCAUGACUGGUGGGGGGGGGACACCUUGAGUUGUGUGUCCAGUCAGGGCUUCCCUCCCACCAGUUGCACUGGACACUGGGAGACCAAAGCCAGUAAGGACUCGCUCAGCGAUGCCCAGGGACUGUCUCCGCUGAUUCUCCCCUCGCCCACCGAUACUCAAUCCCAGCCUGGACAGAAGAGAGGUCAGAGUUCAGAGGUGGAGCAUCAGCAAGAACAGCUCAUGUCAGAGAGAGACCGUCGGUUUACCGUCAAGUGUUUCCAGCUGCAAUGCUACAUCCCUUCACUGACAGCCAUCCUGACUGGUCUGAGGUCAGGGAGAUACAAACACCGGCUCAGUGGGUUCCAGCAGAGUGUGGCCAUUGACCGGAUCCAGAGGAUAAUGGGAGUCUUGCGGAAUCCUCGCAUGGGUGAGCGAUACCUCAAUAUCAUGGUGAAGAUGGAGGAGAUGCUGAGGAGCUGGUUCCCCAAUGUUACACGCCCAGAGCAGUGGGACAUCAUUACCAACCACACAGAGGAAACAACCAUCCCCAACAAGAAACUCAAGUUUGAAGCUCCUAUGCCCAGCACAUUGAUCAGCCUCGACCCUGUUGCCAUCAGCGUAGCUCCUGCUGAUUGGGCAACCAGCCUCACCUCUUCUGGGCCUUACUCCACCAAUGCCACCGUCCUCAAGUGGCUCCACACUUCUCCCAUCUGCUCCCCUGGGGCAGAGCUUCACAACCAGGCCCACGGCGGACCCAGUCUAACCCUAGACUGCAAAAAGAUGACCCAGGACAACGCUGUCUCCUCUAGCACUGACACAGAGAGCCUCUACCAGCCAGACCCCUCCCCACUGGCCACGCCUUGUUACUCCCGGCCACGCCCUCCUCUGGGGGGCAAGAUCCGUGCCCCAUGUCUGGAGAGACUUUUAAGGUCUACCGAGAGCAUCGUCACACGCAGGGGUCAAGGGGCGGGUGCAAGGUGUGAUGGGAAGUAGCUUUUCCUAGCCCUGAGGGAGGGGCUUAUGACAGGACUGCCCCUAACCUCACCCCUAGACCACUCCUAGUAGUCUGGAACCAAUCGGCUCACUCCAAUUAGUCCAUUCAGAUAAACAUUUUUGUAUGAGAUGGAGGUGAAAUACCCUUAAUUGAGAGGUGUUUUUUUUUUUAUUAUUGUAAAGUUGUUCUCUCUUGUUAAAUUGUUCUAUACUUUGGUGAAUUACUUUGUUAAAUUGUUCUCUACUUGGUCAAAUUAUUUAGUUGUUAAAUUGUUCAAUAGUUUUAUGAAUGAUUUUAUAGUUAAAUAUGUUCUAUACUUGCAGCAAUUAUUUCAUUUUUAAGUAAGCUCUGUAUUUUGUCAAAUGAUUUUUCAGUUCUAUUGUUUCUCCUGUGGUUUCCAGGCCUACAGAUGAAGCAUGGCUGGUCUGUAGGGAAACCUCAUCUCUUCUAGACUUAUUCUGUAAACAUUAAUGGGACCAUAGAUCUGCCAUGGAGCUUCUGGCAUGACAACUAGCAUAAUUAGGACAAAACAGGACAGUUGUUAGCAUCUUUUACAUUUCAGAAGUGGAGAUUUGGCUCUACAUUAGGUUAAACCAAACAAAAUGUAGAUAAUACUCACAAUGAUGGCUUUGUUUACUCGUUGAGCCAGACUAGAAUAUGGGGAACCAUUACUCCAGAAGAGGAGAAGUACUGUGUGUUGAUGGGCAACCGCUCAGAUGUAUGUAUCAGCCUCUCUGGGAACACACCAGUGAGACGCUGACUGAUCUAUUGUGAUUCAUGUGACUGUUACUUCAUGUGUUAUGUUAUUAUGAAAGUCUUUAGUACAACUACUCUACCUCAGGAUGGACAGACGAUGUCAAGGAGCAGUCAAAGUGUAGAGAGGACAGAACAACCCACGCUGGGUCAACCUAGUCCUAGUGGCCCACAGGACUGGAGCUCCUGCUUCUGUAGCAUGAAACAGCUGGAUGUACUGUACAAGUAGGCUACUCUCUCUGGAAGAGAUGCUGUUGUGGUUGCAGGGUUCUAGUUGUUCUGGUGGAGUUACAGUUCAAAGGCCUGACUGACUGACUGACUGACUGGCUGGUGCUGUCAGUGAAAACAAUGUGUACUAAACCGCCCAACACCCUCUGACUCUAAACCCUUCGCCCUCAUCCCCUAAACCCUUCGCCCUCUGACUCUAAACCCCUCGCCCUCAUCCCCUACACCCUUCGCCCUCAGCCCCUAAACCCUUCGCCCUCAGCCCCUAAACCCUACACCCUCAGCCCCUAAACCCUUCGCCCUCUGACUCUAAACCCUACACCCUCAGCCCUUGAAUUAUGUUUUACAUGGCCACAUCCAGGUGUUCUUCUGAGUGCACUUGCCCAAGCAACGGAGAGUGAUGAUCAGAGUACAGAGUUUACGAACUAGCCACGCAUCUCAUAGGCUGACCAGUGUGGUUCCAGUCUGACACAGUUGGACACUUCUCACCCAGGUUUAAACAUGUGAUGUCAACCCUGCAAGGGAGCCAAGUUAUUCACUCGUCCCCACAAGCUAAAUUAAAGGUCGAGGGUCAGCUUUUGUAAAUUGCACCAGUACUUAAGAUGUCAAUCAAACUGUUUUGAGGGAACAUGGUUUUGAGGGAACAUGGUGAGGGAACAUGGUGAGGGAACAUGGUUUUAAGGGAACAUGGUUUUAAGGGAACAUGAUUUUGAGGGAACAUGGUUUUGAGGGAACAUGGUUUUGAGGGAACAUGGUUUUGAGGGCUCUGGGACUGCAAACUGUGAACUGCCGUCCACUGAACAGCCCAUGUUCUUUGGAAAAUACACACACAAACGCAUACAUAAACACACAUGCACACCCAAAGCACCAGUAAAUGUUUCUAAACCAUUGCUUUAAUUUAUCCUAAAGUGGCCUUUACAUUUGUGAUAUUUUAUACUGUCAAAAUAAAUGUUAUAUUGGUUUA